AUGGCGGACCCGCCUGAAGGUCCGAUCGUGGUGGAGACUGACAGCCCCACCGCAUCACCGAGACGAACGACGCGUCCGACGAAGCCCACGGGGAAAGUUCAAGACACGCUUCGCUCCCUUGAAAAUGCGGCAGCAAAGCCAGCCGGGAAGCCGGCGAGCCGAGUGACGCGUGGAUCUCAUGCAGAAGUAGAUGUUGAGCCAGCGGUAGAUGGCAGGAAGGCCCGUAGCGCUGGCGAUACGGGGAAGGUGAUGUUACAGAAGGUGUUGGAGUUGCUGGGAAGGGUUAGCGGCGAGGUAGGAGAGUUAAAAGGAAAGAUAUUCGAACAAAACGACAGGAUUCUGGGUCAGGUAGAGCGGAUCGGCCAACAGGAAGACUUGAUUCGGGAGCUCCAGGCACAAGUGAGAGAACUGAAGGAAGACUAUAGCCGCGAGACCAAGGAAUCGCGAAAUGAACUCCAUAACACCAGAGAAGAACUAAAGCAAGUUCGAGAGCAGUUAGAGGUCAUGAAAACUGCUGCGGCCUCGGCACAAAGCAGCCCGCAAGCAACGUACGCAGAGAUCGCGCGAACACCGCCACUAAGCCAGCCAACAAAAAUACAGUCUCUGUCAUCAAUGCGCACAACACCAUCAUCAUUCACGGACACUCUGCACUGCACAAUCGACGUUUCUAGAGUCACGGAACAGGACAAGCAUAAGGCCCAAGUUGGUACGAUUAGGCUGGCGAUUGAGGACGAAGUGAGGGCGAAGGAGGGUUUCGAGACGUGGAGAUGUGCUGCAGCAGUCAAGGACGCGAGGAACACGGACCGCAUCAAGGUCAUCUGUCGAAACGAAGUCGAGCUGCAACUGGUUAAGGAGGUUGCGGAGAAAACCGUCGUGCCAGGAGCUCGUGUCUUGCGAGAUCAACUCUACCCGGUUAAAGUCGACAACGCCAACCGAACUGCGGUCGUGGACGAAGAGGGUAACAUCCUACCGGGUGCUGCGGAAGCUCUCGGUGCCGAGAACAACGUGAACAUAGCAAAGAUAUCAUGGCUAAGCAAGAGAGAAGCUGGUAAAGCGUACGGGUCAAUGGUAGUGUACGUGACCAAAGGGGGCGAUGCGAGGAGGCUGCUUGAUAACCACUACUUCGACCUAGCCGGGGAGUCGGCCAAGACCAACGUCUUUGAACCAAGGAUAGGACCGGUGCAAUGCUACAAGUGCCAGGAGAUUGGCCACAAGAGGUUCACAUGCAAGAAACCUGAGGUCUGCGGAAGGUGCGCGAGACCCGGUCAUCACCAUAAAGAGUGCCAUGCGGUGGAACCAAAGGCCCUUCGUAUGCUACAGCUCAAUGUGAGAAAGCAAGAACCCGUACAGCUUAGCUUGAUGAACGACCCAGACCUAAAGGAGUACGCAGUGCUUGCGGUAUCAGAACCGUACGCAAGGACAAUAGACGGUAAAGUUUUUACAGCCCCAUUGGGGCAUAGCAACUGGACAAGGAUAAUACCUACACACACGGAGGAUACGAAGUGGCCAAUUCGGAGCAUGCUUUGGGUGCGAAGAGAUAUCGAGGUGGAUCAGAUGCCUGUACCGUCGGCCGAUCUUACAGCGGCGGUGCUGCGAUUGGAGGGGCGAGAAGUCUUGGUGGUAUCGGUGUACGUGGAGGGGAGAGAUGAGCGAGCCCUGAAAUCGGCAACGGGACAAUUGCAUGGCUUGAUUCAGCAAUUUCGAAACGGGACAGGUCGACGUACGGAUGUGGUGUUAGCGGGAGACUUCAAUCGUCAUGAUCUUCUGUGGGGAGGAGAUGACGUGUCAGCCAAAAGACAGGGUGAGGCGGAGCCUAUUAUUGAUCUGAUGAACGAGCAUGGCCUCUGUAGUCUACUGCCAAGGGGCACAAAGACGUGGCAGGGCCGUGAUGCAGAAACCACUAUCGAUCUAGUUCUUGCGACGUCAGAGCUGGCGGAGGAGAUGGUGGAGUGUGGCAUCCACCCAACCGAGCACGGAUCCGACCACAGAGCAAUUCGGACUGCGUUCGACAUAGCGAUGCCCGAGAGGACAGCGACGCAUAGACUCUUAUUGAAGAAUGCUCCGUGGACAAUGAUAUCGGCCAGGGUGGAGGACAAUCUUCGACCACUACCCUGGACGGUCGACGUGCAGACGCAGACCGACCAGUUGAUGGAAGUUAUGCUAGAGGCAAUCCACGAAUUAACACCUCGAAUUUACACGUUCUGGCGAAACCAAGCAAGAACACAACGGCGAACAGGUAGGGCAAGUCCCGACCUGGAAGUUCGAGCUAAAGACGCAUCCAAAGAAUACCACGAUGGGAUUCGGAAACAGAAGAAAGCUCACUGGGAGGGAUUCCUGGCAGAAGAUGCCAAUAUUUGGAAGGCGGCCAGGUACCUCCAAGCAGGCAAGGACACCAUGGAGGAUAAGGUGCCACCGUUGAGGAAGGAAGACGGAUCGAUAGCUAAAGAAAAUACGGAACAGGCCCAGGAGCUGCUUGAAACCUUUUUCCCGCCACUGCCAACACGGAUUGAUGCAGAAGAUCGACGACCGCAACGCGACGCCCUGUCAAUGCCGGACCUCACGCUGGAAGAAAUCGAGGAAAAGAUAAUGGCGGCAAAACCUUGGAAGGCUCCAGGAGAGGAUGGUUUGCCGGCCAUGGUGUGGAAACGCCUAUGGCCGGUGGUGAAGUAUCGAGUCUGGACUCUUUUUGACCGUUCACUCCGAGACGGCGUGGUACCGCAUCAGUGGAGGAGUGCCAAGAUCAUCCCGCUCAAGAAGCCAGACAAAGGAGACUACACGGUAGCGAAAGCCUGGCGACCAAUAUCUCUCCUGUCAACACUAGGCAAAAUAAUGGAAGCAGUUAUCGCAGAACGGAUCUCCUACGCAGUCGAGACCUGCGGACUCUUGCCCGCGAACCAUUUCGGAGCGAGGAAAAGACGGUCAGCCGAGCAAGCGCUCUUGCUUCUGCAGGAACAGAUAUACAAGGCAUGGAGGGCUGGCAAGGUGCUCAGCCUCAUAAGCUUUGACGUGAAAGGCGCUUACAACGGAGUGUGCAAAGAACGGCUGCUGCAAAGGAUGUUGGCAAGAGGCAUACCAGUCGGCCUGGUCAGAUGGACGGACGCCUUCUGUUCCGGCAGGACAGCUUGCGUGGUAGUAAAUGGGCACACGUCGGAACGAAGAGAGUUGUCUCAGUCCGGUCUGCCUCAGGGAUCACCACUUUCGCCGAUCUUGUUCCUGUUCUUCAACGCAGACUUGGUGCAAAGAAAAAUCAACGCUAAUGGUGGCUCGAUCGCCUUUGUGGACGAUUAUACGGCUUGGGUGACCGGGCCAACGGCAGAGGACAACCGGGUUGGCAUUCAAUCAGUCAUUGGUGAUGCCCUCAAAUGGGAGGCAUGCAGCGGCGCAACAUUUGAAGCAGACAAGACGGCAGUAAUUCAUUUCACAAGGACUGCUGCUCGGUCCAGUGACGAACCAUAUCUGAUCAAAGGAAAGGAAGUAAACCCACAAAAUAGUGUAAAGAUCUUGGGGGUAAUAAUGGACGCAAACCUGCGGUACAAAGAACACAUGACUAGAGCAGCUGCCAAAGGCCUCACGGCUGCCAUGGGUCUGAGAAGAUUGAAGAUGCUUUCACCUCGAACGGCUAGACAACUCUUUGUGUCGACAGUCGCACCUGUUAUGGACUACGCGUCGAAUGUGUGGAUGCACUCCUGCGGUGCGCAGGAACUGGCAUGGCUAAAUAGAGUGCAGAUGGCGGGUGCACAGGCGAUUACAGGAGCUUUCAGCAAAGUAGCCACAGCAGUGGCCGAAGCAGAGGCCAGUAUUCAAACAGUGCAGGAGCGACACACUCAAGCAGCAACAAGGCUCUGGGUCAACGUUUGCACACUUCCGCAGACACAUCCACUGACAAGAUCGAAAUACAAAGCUAAACGACGUUUCGUGUCGCCAAUGCAGAAAAUCGCCAUAACGAUGGCAAAGACCAACACGGAACGCUUGGAAACAAUCCACGAGUACACUAUACCACCUUGGAGUGAUCGCAUACCCGUAGUGGGCGAGCAUUAUGACUAUGUGGAAACAGACCAGGCACCAAACGACGUGGAAGGUAUCAUCAUCGCCACUGCCUCCUCGCAAAAAGGUGACACAGUGGGAAUGGGAGGUGUUGUGCGUGACACAACGAUCAAUAGUGCUGGCGAGGUGCUGGCUAGCUACUCCGUCACCAUUGGAACACGGGAUGAGCAGAAUCCGUACACGGCGGAACUGGCAGCUAUUGCGAUGGUGCUUAAAUGCAUGCCUGCAGGGCUCCAUCGUCGGGAUCUGACUGUCAUGACAAGCAACCGAUCGGCACUACAAGUUAUCCGACGACCACGGCAACAAUCCGGCCAGUGCACUAUACGCCAGAUAUACGAACGUACCCAGUAUCUUCAAAGGAGAGGCUGCUCUGUUUCACUCAUGUGGGUGCCGGCGGAGAACGAAGAUUUUACACUAAAAGCGCUCGCCAAGGCAGCAGCGAAGAGAGCGGCAAUGUGUGGUGAGACACCAGAUGAACGACCAUACCAAGCUAGGUCGACAAAGCUACGACUGGCCAAAGUGGCCCAACAGCAACUAGGAGAGCUCCCGGAGGGAGUGGCCUCGACAUUGGCGGACCGUGCUUCAGCUGCUGAGGAUAGGACGCUGAACACUUGA